AUGUCGGCCACUCCUCCGCCCCAGAACCACUCUCCGCCGCCAUGGGAAGUCGUCCUCCUCGUCUCUCACCACCUCGACCCCAAAACCCUGGCCGUCGCCUCCUGCGUCUGCAAGUCGUGGUGCGCUUCCAUGUCCUCGGACAACCUCUGGAAGCCCGCGUGCGCCUCCCACUUCCCUUCUCUCUCCGCCCUCCAGUCCACCGACCCGGCCGUCCCCUACUGCCGCAUCUACGCCCUCGGCUUUGCCGCCUCCAGGUGCCGUACACACUCCCCUGCGAAGCCCCGCCUGUCCCUCAACGACCUUGUGUUCAUCGUCGACGUGCAGUCCGAGGACCUCCGCAUCACCACUGUGUCGAAGCCGGGGGACGAGAUUGCACCCGAUCCGAACGGGCUGUUCCGGUUCGAGCUCGGCGCCGGUGAGGAGUGCCUGUCGGCGAUGGAGAUCAUGGACCACGUGAGGAUCACGUGGAUCGUGGCGUUGAGAAGGUGGAAGGCGGUGUUUACCAUGAUGAAGUACGAUGGGAAGGCGAGCUUCAUUCCUGGGGCCGAGGGGUGGUUCUCGCAGGAGCUGCCGUCGCCGGGGUGCUGCUCAAAUGCUGCCACCAGUGGGCUCGUGGCGGACUUGAAGUUAGGGUUUUGUAGCAGGAGGGCGACUGGGGGGAGAAUCAAGGUCGAGAGCGUGAGCGUGGGGAUUCUGAGUAUGGCGAGAUGGAGGUGCGCGAGCAUGGAUGGCGGUUUGAGGUACUUGCAGAAUUUUCUAGCUUGA